AUGCGAUUCCUCUGCGCCCUGAUCUUCUCCUGCCUCCUGGCGGUGGCCCUUUCGGCGACAGCGGAUCCCAGCACUGCGGACCCCAGCACUGCGUCUCCCAGCACUGCGGACCCCAGCACUGCGUCUCCCAGCACUGCGGAUCCCAGCACUGCGUCUCCCAGCACUGCGUCUCCCAGCACAGCAGAUCCUUCGACAGCCAGUACAUCCACCUCGACGACAUCCAACAGCACCUCUACAACCACCACAACUACCACCACCACCACUACCACUGAGAAAACCGCUACGGAGGCCACUGAAAAGAAGAAGCGUCACAAACACCAUUGGGAAAUCCGUACCAAACACAGCAAGGAGAAAUCGAAGACCAAGACCAAGAAGAGUAGGAAGGGCAAGAAGAGCAAGAAGGGCAAGAAGUCCAGGAGGAACCAGAGGAGAACCAGGCGCACCCGCCGCAGUGGUUAAGGAUUCGGAUCCUUUGUUCCAACCGGACCAACCGAUUCUAUAUCAUACCAUAACAUCGCGGCCUCUUAUAUUAUUUUUGA